CCAACUUCAUUCGCUUUGUUUUGUCAACUGUCAAAAAAGUGACACUUCAAUACCCAAUUUUCAUCUCUUUCUUUUUCCGGUCGCCAAAAUGGGUAUUGAUAUUUGCCACAAAUACGAUCGCAAAGUUCGCCGAACUGAGCCCAAAUCCCAGGAUGUUUACCUGAGGCUUCUUGUUAAGUUGUACCGCUUCCUCCAGCGUCGUACCAACAAGAAGUUCAACAGAAUUAUUCUUAAACGUUUGUUUAUGAGUAAAAUCAAUCGGCCACCAAUGUCUCUGCAGCGUGUGUGCCGUCUGUUCAAGAAGGCCGCCCAACCCGAAUCCAUUGUUGUUUGUGUUGGCACCAUCACCAAUGACUUGCGUCUCCUCACAGUCCCAAAAAUGACUGUGUGCGCUCUGCACAUCACAGAGAAGGCCCGUGAGCGCAUCUUGAAGGCUGGCGGUGAAGUUUUGACUUUCGAUCAGUUGGCACUCAAGUCACCAACAGGCAAGAAGACCUUGUUGUUGCAGGGCAAGCGUACUGCUCGUACUGCCAACAAGCACUUCGGCAAGGCACCUGGUGUACCCCACUCACACACUCGCCCAUACGUGCGAUCAAAGGGACGUAAGUUCGAACGCGCUCGUGGUCGUCGUAGCAGCUGUGGUUACAAAAAGUAAAUUGCUUAUAAUUUUUAAGCCAAUAAUUGUUUUACGCUAGAAGACACUAGAGAAAAAAAUGAUAAUAAAAAAUAGUGAAACCAA